AUGAGCAUUUUUUCAGAAUAUAUUGAAAACAUCAUUGAGGUUUUUAUGGAUGAUUUUAGUGUUUAUGGUGACUCAUUUGAUCGCUGCCUUCAUAAUCUCACUUUGGUACUCCAGCGGUGUAUUGAAACUAACCUUGUGCUUAAUUGGGAAAAAUGCCAUUUUAUGGUAAACCAAGGUAUAGUUUUGGGUCAUGUGAUUUCAGUCAAGGGAAUAGAGGUCGAUAAGGCAAAGAUUGAUUUAAUUCGUUCUCUACCAUCUCCGACUAGUGUGAAAGAAGUGAGAUCAUUCCUUGGGCAUGCUGGGUUCUAUAGGAGAUUUAUAAAGGAUUUCUCUAAAAUUUCCACACCAUUAUGUAACCUUCUUCAAAAAGAUGUAAAGUUCGAGUUUAAUAAAAAGUGUUUAGUGGCUUUCAACUUAUUAAAAGAGUCAUUGACUACAGCUCCCAUAAUUCAGCCACCAAAUUGGGAGCUACCUUUUGAACUCAUGUGUGAUGCAAGUGACUAUGCCGUGGGUGCUGUUCUUGGGCAGCGAGUUGACAAGCUUCCUCAUGUUAUAUAUUAUGCUUCUCGCACUCUUAAUGAUGCUCAAUUUAAUUAUUCCACCACUGAAAAAGAUCUCUUGGCGGUCAUUUUUUCCUUGGAAAAGUUUCGGUCAUACUUGAUUGGAACUAAAAUAAAAAAGGGUUCUGAGAAUAGGGUGGCAGAUCACUUGAGUCAUCUUAUUCGGGAUGAAGAUAAUCUGCCCAUAGAAGAAAAAUUUCCGGAUGAGCAACUCCUCGCCAUGCAAGAAGUUAUUCCUUGGUAUGCCAGCAUUGUAAAUUACCUUGCUUCAAAAGAGUUACCAAGUGAUCUCACACAAGCACAACGAAACAAGAUCAAGCAUGAUGCUCGCCACUACAUAUGGGAUGAACCUUAUCUUUGGAAGCAUUGUACUGAUCAAAUCAUUCGAAGGUGUGUACCUGAAUUUGAAUUUCGUUCGAUCCUUGCUUUUUGUCAUGCGUAUGAUUGUGGUGGACACUUUGGACCUAAGAGGAUAGCUCAUAAGAUAUUUGACAGCGGUUUCUAUUGGCCCACAAUUUUCAAAGAUUCUUAUGCUUAUUUAGACUACGUGUCUAAAUGGGUGGAAGAAAUUGCAACUAGAACAGAUAAUUCAAAAACAGUAGUGGAUUUCAUUCGCUCCAAUAUUUUUGUGCGUUUUGGUACACCUAAGGCUAUACUUAGUGAUCGAGGCACUCAUUUUUGUAACAAGAAUAUAGAAGCAUUGUUUCGACGCUAUAGUGUAACUGACAAGGUGACAGUUGCUUAUCAUCCACAAGCCAACGGGCAAGCGGAGGUUUCUAAUCGUGAAAUCAAAUUGAUUCUUGAGAAAACUAUAAAUCCAAACCGGAAAGAUUGGAGUACAAGGCUUGAUGAUGCCUUGUGGGCGUAUCGUACGACAUAUAAAAUACCUAUCGGUAUGUCACCUUAUCGUUUGGUGUAUGGGAAGCCUUGCCAUCUACCGGUGGAGCUAGAGCAUAAGGCUUGGUGGGCUGUAAAGAAGUGUAACAUGGACAUGGUUGUUGUAGGACAACAAAGAAUGCUUCAAUUGCAUGAGCUAGAAGAAAUACGCAAUGAAGCAUAUGAGAGUUCGAGAAUUUACAAGGAGAAAACCAAAGCUUUUCAUGACAAACAUAUUCUUCGGAAGAGUUUUGUGGAAGGUCAGAAAGUUCUCAUGUAUCACUCUCGCCUUAAACUUUUUCCUGGGAAGUUGAAGUCUCGUUGGUUAGGUCCGUUCAUUGUUACCAAGGUUUUUCCUCAUGGAGCGGUCGAAGUUGUAAGUCCAAGUACCGGAAAGUCAUUCAAGGUGAAUGGUCAGAGAUUAAAGCCAUAUUAUGAAUCAAUGGAGGAAGAACAAGCUGCUGUGAUUCAUCUCAUUGACCCGGUAUAUGUUGAUGAAUGA